CCAGACCCAGCAACAAAUCUCGGGUCAACAAUCUGUCAUAAGAGCAGGUGGUUUUUGAAGAAGAGCAAAUAGGUGAACCGGACCAAACUCGUGAACCGGAGGGUCCUCAUCCCGAAGCUAACUUUGAUGAACCACCCCUUCAAGACCAGAAUAUUGAUGAACAACCAGAAGCUGAUCCUGCUGUGCCUGACACUGAACCGGCAGCUCCAAACCGGGCUAGUCUGGUGAGAGGUAUUGAUACUCCAUCAUCACCCGCAAAAACUACUGAAGGCCAAGGAGAUGAUGUUAUCAUUACUGGCAUGGGCCACAGCUCUCCUGGCCAUCCUAUAAUCUUGGCCCAACAUAGUGCCAAAGAAGAGUGUGCUGCCAGGGGAAAGGGUAAAUGGAGCACUGGCUUAUCAAGCUAUGCUCAUCUCAGUGUUGAAGAACUUCACUCCGGUUUUUUAAACCGUCUGCACUCAAACCGUGACUAUGAAGCCGGUUUGGUGAACCUGAUGAAGGAACGCUAUGAGGCCGAGCUAAGCAAUAGAUAUGCCCGAACCGCUGAUUUGCAAGAGAACGUGAAGUCCCAACAAGAAGAGGCUGUGAAAGCCAAGGAGGAGCUGACCAAAGCCCUGACAGCUAUGGAAAAGCUAAAGGAGUCUUUUAACAAGGAACAUGCUGACUGGGAAACCGAAAAGGCCGGUUUAACCAAAAGAGCUGAGGAUGCCGAAGCAGCCCUGAAGCCAGUGAUGAAGCUGUGUACCUAGGGUAGGGUCAUGGACCUGUCCAAACUGACCUACCCAAGGACAUCUCCAGAAGAAAUCAUCUUUCAAUCGACUUGAAGGUGUCUCACUCGACAGGCUUGAGGAUACUCGACCAAGAAGCAAUCACUCGACCAAGACCAAGCCAGUCGACGGUCAGGUGACCUAAAGGCGCUCCGCAUGCUAACGGUCGGUUAUUAAGUAGCUUUUAUGGUCAUCAUAGCACUUUAUUACUAGCGUUACCAGUAACGCCCUGCCUUAAUGUACAUUGAACCCUUUGUAUCGUGGGCUGGUUGGGGUCUUGGCGCACUCUAUAUAAGCCACCCCCCUCCUUCGAAACAAGGGUUCGCACGCCUGUAAUUCACACAUGCAUA